AUAAAAUCAGAUCUCAUCCAAUCUAACCUGCAAAUUCUCCAGAUGAUGAUGAAGAAGCAGAAAUCAACAAUGGAUCAUAACAGUCAUUUCGAUCUUCUCUCCGAAGAAAUCAUCUUCCAAAUCCUCGAUUUCCUCAACGAUAGUUCAUCCGACAGGAAAUCAUUCUCUCUAGUCUGUAAAUCAUUCUAUACUAUCGAAUCUCAUCAUCGUAGAUCUCUCAGACCACAUCGUUCCGAACAUCUCAACAACAUCUUAACUCGCUAUCCAUAUGUAACUAAUCUCGAUCUCUCGUUAUGUCCUCGAAUUACAGACGGUUCACUCUCCGUUAUUUCUACUGUUUGUAGCGAAAUGCUUAGGAAGAUCGAUCUCUCGAGAUCGAAGUUCUUUACUCAAGCUGGUUUGACUGUUUUAGUUACGAAAUGUCCGAAUUUAGUUGAGAUUGAUCUGUCGAAUGCGACGGAGUUGAAGGAUUCGGCUGCGGUUGCUAUUGCUGAAGCGAAGAAUUUGGAGAUUUUGCGUUUGGCGAGGUGUAAGUCGAUUACUGAUAUUGGGAUUGGAUGUAUUGCUGUUGGAUGUAAGAAAUUGAAGUUGAUUAAUCUGAAAUGGUGUUUGGGAAUUGGAGAUUUAGGGAUUAGUUUGCUUGCUGUUAAAUGUAAGGAGAUUCGUAGUCUGGAUCUUUCUCACUUACCGAUCACAAAUAAUUCUUUGGAAGCAGUCCUAAAACUCCAAUAUCUUGAGGAUCUGGUUCUUUAUGGGUGCUUUGGUAUAUAUGAUGAUUGCUUAAGUGUCAACAAGCAACAGUGCAAAUCACUAAAGAUGCUUGAUAUGUCAAGUUGUCCUAACAUCAGCCAUGUCGGGUUGUUAUCUCUAACAAAUGGAACAGGAUGUAUUGAACAACUUAUCUUAGCAUCAGGCUCUCCUGUCACUCUUGGACUUGCCAAUUCUUUGCAAAAGCUUUCAGCAUUGAAAUCAAUCAAACUGGAUUGGUGCAUAAUUACAUGUUCAGGGCUUGAUGCAAUAGGAAACUGUUGUACUUCUCUAAGGGAAAUAAGCUUAAGCAAAUGCUCAGGUGUUACUGACGAAGGCCUCUCUUCUCUCGUGAAGAAAUGCAAGGACUUAGAGAAGCUAGACAUUACAUGUUGCCGUAAAAUCACUUACGUUUCAAUCGCCAAUAUUACGAAUUCUUGUUCUUCUCUUACUUCUCUGAAGAUGGAAGCAUGUACUCUGGUCCCAAGAGAGGCGUUUGUGUUGAUUGGAGAAUAUUGCCACCUUCUUGAAGAGCUCGACAUUACAGAUAAUGAGAUUGGAGAUGAAGGUCUAAAGUCCAUCUCAAGAUGUUCCAAGCUUGUGACCUUAAAGCUAGGACUCUGCCUAAAUAUAACUGAUCAAGGUCUUGUCCAUAUUGGAAAGGGCUGCACAAAGCUUGUAGAACUUGAUUUAUACAGAUCAGCGGGAGUUAAAGACACAGGUCUUUUAUCAAUUGCCCGUGGUUGCACCAACCUGGAGACAAUCAACAUGUCCUAUUGUAAAGACAUCACAGACAGUUCCUUAAUAUCAUUAUCGAAAUGUUCAAAGUUAAACACACUCGAAAUUAGAGGAUGUUCAUUCAUUACAUCAACGGGUCUAGCAGCUAUAGCCAUGGGUUGUAGGAAUCUAACAAAGCUCGACAUAAAGAAGUGUUGUAGUAUUGAUGAUGCUGGAAUGAUUACUCUAGCUCAUUUCUCCCAAUACCUAAGACUGAUAAACUUGUCAUACAGCUCGGUGACAGACAUUGGAUUACUAUCGCUUGCGAGCAUAAGCUGCUUGCAGAGCUUGACCAUCUUGCAUUGGAAAGGGUUGUCAGCAAAUGGGCUAGCGACUGCACUUUUGGCAUGUGGAGGUUUAACCAAAGUGAAGCUUCAUACUUCUUUUAAGUCAUUGUUGUCGCAACUACUCUUUGAUCAUUUGGAAGCUCGUGGCUGCGUUUUUCAUUGGCGAGAUAAGGAAUAUCAGGAUGAAUUAGACCCACAAUGUUGGAAACUAAAAGCCGAAGACAUGCAGUAAGAUCAAACCGAAGAUUUUAAUAAGGUUAGAAACACUUUUGAAAAUGCGAGGACACAUUGUUGAAUCUUGACUAAGGAGUUCAUUUAUAUCAUUUAGGUUGUGUUUAUUAGGCUAAUUUGUGUAAAAGGUUUGGUUUUAAAGAUCAAACAAGGCCUAAGAAGGAGAUCAAUUGUAGUAAUAUAUGUAUAUUUUUUUAUAAAAUGUUGAAUUUUCUUAUGAAAUUUUCACAUUAGAAGGAGAUAUGAAAUUGCAGAGAUGAGUGGUUGGUUUUAGUCUUUUAUUUUAUUCUUAUAAAACAGUCAAUUUAUUUACACUUAAUUGAUGAUCAAAGCAAGUUUGAA